AUGGGUGGCCUUCAUGGACAUGGAGUCAGAAUCCAGGACACCUCGGGUGACAGCCUGUCCCUGCCUUCUGCACCCCCUGGCCACUGGGCCCCAUCUGCCAGCCAGGCAGUGACGGCCUCUGAAGCCGGGAGCCCACAGCGGGGGGCUGUCCCCUGCCUUUCCACAGGGAGCAGAGCCCCCUUCCUUGGGCACCCCCUGACCACCCACCACCUACUCCACCAGCUCAUCCCUGGCCUCCUGCUUCUGGUCUGGCUGCCCGCCAGCCUGGCUCGCCACAGCCCCCCGCUCUGGGCAGGGGCCCACGCCCACGCCCACAGGACCCCGCGCUGCUACUUGCCGGAGGAGCUGCCCCUGGGCCAUGCCCCUCCCCACCUGCUGGCUCGAGCUGCCAGGUGGGAGCAGGCUUUGCCAGUAGCCCUCGUGUCCAGCCUGGAGGCGGCAGCCCGCAGGAGGCGGCGUUCGGGGCCCCCGGCUGGUGCCCAGUGCCCAGUGCUGCAGCCAGAGGAGGUGCUGGAAGCUGACCUCCACCAGCGCUCCAUCUCUCCCUGGAGAUACCGCGUGGACAUGGAUGAGAGCCGCUACCCGCAGAAGCUGGCCUUCGCCGAGUGCCUGUGCAGGGGCUGCAUCAACGCCAAGACGGGCCACGAGACGGCGGCACUCAACUCUGUGCUGCUGCACCAGAGCCUGCUUGUGCUGCGCCGCCGGCCCUGCCCGCCGGCCGCCGCGGGGCCGCCCACGCCCGGGGCCUUCGCCUUCCACGCGGAGUUCAUCCGCGUGCCCGUGGGCUGCACCUGCGUCCUGCCCAGGUCAGCGAGGUGACCGCCGGCUCGGCUCCCGGACUGGCCAGCGGGACCUCUCCCCAAGAGGCCCCUCCUAUUUAUGUGUAUUUAUUGGUUAUUUAUGUGCCCCUGGGGCUCCUGGGCAGGUCCCCAGGCUCCAGGCCUCUGCUCUGAGGUGACAGUGGAGAUGGGGCCCAGAAGGGACUCUGCGCUGGCCAGUCCCCACCUGGAGACACGGUUUACCCUGGAAUAUUUUUGCUCUUCUAGAACUUCUUAAAACAACAACAGAAAAGGUGUCCUGAUGGCUGCUUCCACCUCGGUAGCCCCCUGGGCUCCCCUCGCCCCCACCCCUCCCUGGUCUCAGCCUCCCUCUCCCCAGCCCCCGGGAGACACAAGUACCCUGUAUUUCUUAAAGUGAUUAUUUUAUAUAUGAGUCCGUGUUAUUAAACUGAGGAGCAGCCCCCGAGCACAGUGCUGGAUGGCAGGGGGCAGUGGGUGAGGACACACCCCUCGCCCUC